AGAAAAAAAAAUGCUCAAACGUUUUUCACCGGCACGUUCUCAUCAUUUACGAAUGUUUUGACGACCAACACAAAGAAAUCAAUCUGAAAGAUUAUUAUUGAAUAUUUGUUGUUUGUUACUAAUUAACAGCACAACAUCAUCUUUCACAAGUCUCAGUUUCUCGGAUCUGGACCAUCAUUCUUAGCUGUGUGUUUCAAUACGUUUAGAGAAGACAGUGCAUUAGCACAACAAAGGUAGAUAACAGAAUAUAUUGAAGAAUGAGCAUAGAAAAGGAAGAGGUGGUAGUUUUGCCUAGACGAAAAGUAUCAUGUACCACCUCUUUUGAUGCUUUAUGGUUCUGCUAUUCCCCAGUACAUCAAAUGCAACAAUACUAUAGACUCGGGUCCCUUGAUAAUUGUGCUGGGAAGUGGAAUGCUCUUGUUGAUUGUUUAAAACUCAAAACAAAAAGAUCUCAUGAAGUCGAGGAAAUUCUUGAAACGCGCGAGAAAGAAAAGACUCACAUCUGGUCAUUUAGGACACCAGAAGAAGCUGCUUCUAAUUGGAAUGACUUUUUUGGACAUCUAGAUGACGAGGCAUGAAUUACUAAUGAUCUGGAAGAACAUACUUCCGCCCUUAUAUUUUUGCACUGUAAGACUUUAGUUUCUUUAGUAUUAGUAUUAUAAUAAAGUUUAAAUGUUUAUUUGGCUAGUCUAAAUGGACAAAAAUUGAGUGUGGGAAAGUCGCAUUCGGUUCUAAAUUUGCAAUGUAUGGAAAUUUUAUGAAAAUUAGAUGUUUAUA